UUCAGCGAGAUCUUUAUUUUAUAAGCUCGUGUUUGACUUAUUGUUAUAAAGAACGAAAAAAUAAGUAAAUAGAUAAAAAAAUAAGGGAAUAAAAGAUUGGAUGUAGCUAGACGUAAAUCUUAACUUAAAACACGAAAUUUUUAAAGAUGAAGAAAAGACUUAUAGAUUAAAGCCAUUUCCAAUUUUAAUUGUUAUAUGACAUAAUGCUAUCGUCAUAGACUGUUAACAAUUAAAACUAUUUUUUAUUUAUUACUUCUUAUUGUGUCGAAAAUUUUGUAUUUUUAUGUUUAUGUAUCUUUUUCCAAGUAUAGUUGAUUAUUUUAAAAAUCCAAUUUCUGCACUUUUCAUUACAAUUAUAUGGAAACAAACAGUUAUUAUAUAAAAUUAUAACUAUAUAUUUCAUAAACAAAAUUUUCUUUGCAAUAAUUUAUUUCUUUGAUUUGUUUAUUUAUUUUUAUUUUUUUAUUUAUUUUCUUUGUGAAAAACAUGGGAAAAUUGAGAAAAAAAUAGGGAUGGAUAAAUAAAAAAACGUCAAGGGUCAGAGCAAAGCGCGUAGGAAUAGUGUUGCCUCCUGGUCAUAGUAAUAAUUAAUCCCUACAACAAGCUACAUUAUAGUGAAGGUUAUUUGAAGGAAGAUUUCAACAUCAAAAGACAUAAAAUGCUAAUCUUACAUUAAGAGACAUCAAAUGCUAAUCUCAUCUUAGAAACAUGAAACCUGACUCAAUAGGAAUGCCAUUUAAAAUACUCAAUUACUAAAAGCAGAACAAUAUUCAGAUAAAAUGAAAUAAUCUGUUGCUAUAUCCAUAUUUUGAUUUUUCAUCAAUGGAGUAAUAACGGUGUUAUAGUUUAUUUUAGUUGCCAAAAGGAAAGAGAGACGGUAAGAGAAUAUAAUUCCUUAUCUGUUUGAUCUUAUUUAAUGGAUGUAUACGUCACCAUUGUACUGUUCUCUUUCCAUAUUUUCAACAGAAAAAUAUUUCCUGAAACUAUCCUUGCCAAAGGUACAAACAAUCCUUAAAGCAAGCAUGUACACUGCUAUCUUCUGGCUUCUUGCUUUCGUCGACUACAGUAGUGCAGUUGUCUGCGAUGAAAGUAAAUGUGGAAUAUACUACUUUUACAUCAGUUGCAAACAAGGGUACAGGCCAGUUUUUGCGGCAUGUAACUGCUGUGCUACUUGCGAAGAAGUGCUAGGUAAAGGAGAGCGAUGUGAGAUAAGAGAUGAGUCAGCUGGUGGAAGCGCUGGAAGUUCAAGAGCCAAGCGAAGUGCUACAGAGCCUGCAGAUGGAAAUACUGGAACAACAAGUGCAAUACAAAGUACUCCACCACCUGUAGUAGAUGUAGACUAUAGUUAUGCUCGCUGUGGACCAGGACUUGUUUGCAGCCCUAAAACAAACACUUGUGUAUCCGCAGCAGGCUAAACAGUUUAUACAAUUGUGAUUUGUAACUUUCUAAGAAGAACACAAAUGAAAGCUUGAUGAAAUAAAGGUAUUAAAAUAAUGUCUUAA